GUGUCCAGACAUGUUUAUCAAGUGAGAUCUUCCAUGCCAAAGCUCAUGCUCAGCCUAUAUACAUCCGUACAUUGGGAUCUAGCUCUGCCACGUGACCCACGCACUGGACAUCUCCAAGGAUUCCGAACGGUUGUGGAUUUUAAUAGCUGCUAUCCCUGCUGUUGAUGCAGCCUUCAUGUCGUGACACUCCCCAGGGCGUGUUUUGACAAGUAGCAAAUGCCUUUUGAAAGCAACGCGGUGGUCACGGUGAGCUCCGCCUCCGUGCCACGUGCUCGCCUGUGCCUCUCUCAUGUCUCCGUGCCGCACGCUCGAACCUUUUGCAUAAAAUGUGUGUCAGUAGGGCAGCGAUCUCUCCGGCACAUGCAGAGCGCACAUGCACUAGGCGGCUUUUCACCCCGAGCUCGAAUAAACACAUCUAAUACCCCAGCUCAAAUGAAAGUGCGCGGUGUGACACUAAAGCAGGGAGAGAAAACGGAGUUAGAGGGGCACGCGAGUCCAAAGAAACCACACGCAUUCUCGGUCGGGUCGCUUAGUGGCACUACCCAAGUCACCUGAGCGGCACGGAUGUGGGUGUGAGGGGUGUGUGUUGUGUUAUCGGUAGGGUAGGGUGGGGUGCUCAAGUUUUGACAGUACGUCCCUGUACACAGAUUUAUUCUGAAUUCUUCACAGAGCGCAUGCCAGACCUGAGAUCUUAUUGCACCGGCAAACAUAUAGGCAGCGAGAAGGAACUGCAGAAACGCACCUGACAGAGCUCGGGCUUUAUAAAUAUUGCACACUUAUCUCCUGUUUUGUACGAACUACUGUUUUUUUUUCCCCCUGUGCAUUGAUAUUUAUGACUUUUUCGCCGGUUUCAAUAUUGUGCAUAUACUGAGGAUCUGAGGCUGACCUACAGACAGUAAUCGACUAAAACCUCGAAUAUCAAGAAUGGAUAGCAACCCUGGAGGUGUUAUACUAUAUGCUGGCUCUAGUGGCAGUGCCAGCCCAAGCCCAGGAAGCCCAUCCAGUGGGUACCAGACCCAGUCACCAUCCACACAUUCACAACCUUCAUCCCCAGAGGAGGUCACCUUCACAGAAGUUGGUGCUCUGAAGCAACAUGGCAGCAGUGGGACUCCCUCCUCUCCCAAACUGGUCUUUCAGUUCCCAGAGAUCUACAGCAGCUCAACAGCAUCCUCCAACCAGAAUACCUACUCCCACCCCAUUGCUGGAAAGAGGCCAUGUGGCUUUACCGGCACCUUUACCAAAGCUGGAGGUAUGGUCCUACUCUGUAAAGUGUGCGGUGACAUCGCGUCAGGCUUCCAUUAUGGAGUUCAUGCAUGUGAGGGUUGCAAGGGUUUCUUUCGCCGCAGCAUUCAGCAGAAUAUUAACUACAAGAUGUGCAUGAAGAAUGAGAAUUGCCUGAUCAUGCGCAUGAACCGCAACCGUUGCCAGCACUGCCGUUUCAAGAAGUGUCUGGCCGUGGGCAUGUCCCGUGAUGCUGUGCGCUUUGGCCGCAUCCCUAAACGCGAGAAACAGAGGCUCCUGGAUGAAAUGCAGAGCUACAUGAACAGCCUGAAUGAAUCAACCAGUUUGAACAUGGCCUCAUCGCCACCUUGUGAUCCCCCAGCCAGCCCUAUGGAGAUCCAGCCCAAAGAAACUAUUGGCUCCAUGGCAAAAGCUUAUCAGGACAUUUUCCCAAGUGCUCCUGACCGCCUGACCAAGAGAGCAGCUGGUAUCAACACCAGCAGCAAUGUACCAACUUCCUUUCAGAGCGCCAACUCUCAGGAAAGCAGCUUCUCUCAUGUCAAUACUCCUGUAACAUAUCACUCUGGUGUACCUGUGGGUUAUACAGUAUCUCAUCGUUGCCCUGGACAGCAAGUGCCCAUUGACAACAAAUGCCCAAUAUCUUCAGUGGAUAAUGGUCACUAUCAAAACCCUGCUCCAUCCAUCCAAAUGCCAUGCCAGUCUACAGUAAACCCAUCUCCGCAGGUCAAUUACAGCAGUAGUUAUGCAGCUGGAGAGAUGCAAGCCCAGACCUCAUGCCCAUGGAAGCUGGUUGCAGGCUCCAAAGUACUGGCCUGCCCUCUGAAUGCAUGCCCAGUUUCAGCCCCAGGCAUCUCAAGCCAGCAGGUGUGGGAGUCUUUUUCUCAGUGUUUCACCCCUGCAGUACGGGAGGUAGUGGAGUUUGCCAAAGGUAUCCCAGGGUUUCAAGACCUGUGCCAACAUGACCAGAUCAUGUUGCUUAAAGCGGGCACCUUUCAGGUGCUGAUGGUAAGGUUCUGCUCACUGUUUAACCCAAAGGACCGGACGGUGACAUUUCUAAAUGGGCAGGCCUACCCACUGGCCACACUGCGGGUGCUGGGUAUGGGAUCCCUGUUGGAUGCCAUGUUUGACUUUUCUGAGAAACUGGCCUCCCUCAGCCUGGAAUCUGAUGAGAUGGCACUUUUCAUGGCAGUAGUCCUCGUCUCUGCAGAUCGAACUGGUGUUUCUGACACAGCAGCUGUGGAGCAGUUACAGGAGAGUCUGAUUCGGGCACUACGAGCCUUGGUUAACCGACGUCAUCCUGACGACAGUGCACUUUUCCCCAAGCUGUUGCUGCGUCUGCCAGACCUGCGUACCCUCAACACCCUACAUUCAGACAAGCUGCUCAACUUCCACAUUGACCCAUGAGUGAUCAACAAACUAUGAGCUGCCAAAGACUGGUCAUUAAGAGGAUGACUUCUCAUUUAGCAGAAGAGAACAAGCUUGGAUCAUGCUAGCAACAUUUCACCAUUUCUGUUAUCGACUUUGUCAAAUUGUAAGAAUUAGCAGAAAUCAUUUUGUGUGAUUGAGUGGACAUGGACAUGGAAAGAUUUUUGUCUCAACUGAUCAGAGACAAGAUCUACUCUUCUUUCCAAGUUGUAUUUCUUCACACAGUGCCCAAGACUCUCAGCACACUCAAAGAGCCUCAAAUACUUUUCCAACAGACAUGACGUUCAAAAGGAGGCAGUUUCCGAUUCAUAUCAUGACUAACCAGCUAUUGUAUUGAACAAGGAACCAAAAAAUGGUGGUGUCUUCUUUGGAUCGUUUAUCAUCUGUUUUUCUAGCACAGCCUGCCACCAAGAUCACAUAUAUAGGAAUAAAGUAUAGGGACCAUUUAAACAUGAACAUCAGCAUAAAUGUGAUAAAUUACCAUGUACAGAACGUAAAUAUUAUAGCCAUAUAAUUCAUGUCAUGUAGGUUUUCCAGGUGUUCAACAUGUAUGUAUCAUCGUUGUUAGUGUAAUAUUAAAUAGCACAAUUUCAACUGUAUCAAUAAGCACAAGAACUCUGAUUAGUUAUUUCACAUAUUGAAAGAAAUAUAGAAAUAUUAUUCUUUCAUCCUGGCAAAAUGUAACUGAGUUGAUCAUUUCUGUUCUCGUUCUGCCUCAGACAUAGUACAUAUACUGUUGUCUAUUGCUCUACUCUACUGUUUAAUUUUUCAUCUCGAGAGACAAAACCAGCAAGCACUGUAACCCAAGCAUGUUUUGUAGUUGCUUAUUUUUCUGUUUUGUUGCUGUAAAUAUUGUACGGCUGCAGGUUUGCGUGUCUGAGGCAAAACAAUAUACAUCAAAGGUAUAUGUGAGAGUGUAGUGGGGGUUUGGGUGCCUUCUGAAGGAACGUUGCGGCUAAUGUGUGGUUGUGGAAAAGAACCCUCACCAGGUGUGUUAAAGAAGUAAUGAAAGAUCAGAUUACACCAGCAGAGACCUAAAAUAGCCUUUACUGAGAGUUAGAUGUCUUAUCAAGACAUUCGAACUGGAGUGCACAAGAUUCGUAUGCUUGAACUAGUGGUUGUUAAAACAAUGCUGAUGUAUAUUUUGUAAAUUACAUCCCUUCCAUAGAAGCAAGAUAAAUAUGAGAUUAUGUACA